AUGAUGCUGGAGCUGACAAUUUUGGUUUCUGUGGCCUUGUUGGCUUGCAUUGUGGUCCUUGUUUUUGGAUGUUCUUGUUUUGGAAAGUCCCCUCCUUUUAAAAGUUUUGAGGAUGAACCUGAGGACCCUCGUGAACCUUAUGCAGAAAGCAGUGGCAACCAAGAUGGAGAUAACACAUCCUUGGUUACUUUUGAGCCCCUCCCAGACAUUUUGGCGAAGGCAAUACCUUCCACCACAGCGCUGAGGCCACGUAUUACCUGCAUUGCAACUGAUGAAGAGGAUUUUACUCCUCGGAUUGUCCCCAUCCAACAAGCAUUUCCUCGAAAGCAGUUGACUUACAUCACUGAGAUGGGAAUGGGAUGGUUUGGUCAGGUAGUUCAAGGUGUGGCUGAUAAUGUACUGGUUGGAAUUCGUCAAAGUAAGGUAGUUGUACAAGUUUUGAGAGAUGAUGCUUCUGCUCUGGAAAUGCAGAAAUUUCUUCAAGAAGUUGCUGUGUAUAGAGCUAUUGAUCAUCCCAAUAUCUUGCGUCUCCUUGGCAUGUGCACUGAAGCCAUACCAUUUCUGGUCCUUUUUGAGUAUUUUCCAUUAGGUGAUUUGAAAACUUACCUGAUAGAAAAUGAAAAAGACAUAGCUUAUCAUAAGCAAAGAAAGAUUCUUUUGAGAUUUGCUAUUGAUAUUGCCUGUGGAUUGGCUUGCCUUCAUCGUCAUAAUUAUGUCCAUUGUGAUCUUGCCCUUAGAAAUUGUCUGGUAACAAAUGAUUUAAAUGUAAAGAUUGGAGAUUAUGGGCUUUCAGAGGAAAAAUUUAAGGAGGAUUAUUAUGACACUGGAUGUGAUCUUCUACCUGUUCGUUGGAUGGCUCCUGAAACACUUACCUUGCAAAAAGGUGUGUGGCGAACAAAGCCUUUCACUGUUCAAGCGAAUAUUUGGUCUUAUGGUGUCACAAUGUGGGAAAUGACGCAAUUGUGUCGCCAGCCUUAUCAUUGGCUUACUGAUGAACAAGUCUUGGAGAAAGUCAUCUCAAAAAGGACAGAGUGUUUGCCACUACCAUAUUAUGCUGAAGAUAAGCUCAAUAUAUAUGAACUCAUGAAAAUGUGUUGGCGAGAAGAAGGAGAAAGACCCACUAUUGAAGAACUUCACAAAGAUCUGCUUAACUUGCAAAUCUCUCUUAAAUACAUGGAAGAAGUUGAGUUUGAAAAGAACUGGGAUUUGGACAAUCUUGAAGACAGUGAUGAAUCACCUCCCCAUGAGACACCACUUUCCAGUCAUUCAAAAUAUUCAACUAGCCAAGAUCUUACUACAAUUGGCAAAUUGGGGGAUUACCCUGAAUCAUCAUCAUCAUUAGCAGCAGCAUCACAUCAAGAAAGAUUUUAUAAUGAUCUUCUGGAAAGACUUUCAUCCACAGAAUCUUACCAUUUGCCUUUAUAUGAUGAACCAGAAGAAGACAGUUGA